CUCAACUCCAUUUCAGUUGAAAACUUACAAUUUGGUAUUAUCGAUAACAACUCAACCUGUCAAAAAAUGUUUGGUUGUAUUUAUAUCGUCUUACAACUUUUUUGUGGUAUUACCGUUUACCACCCUGUGCUAGUUCGGUUGACAAAAGUAUCGAAAAUCGACAACUCAUUACUAGCAGUUGUUUUGAACAAAUUUUUAAGCGAAAAUGGAAAGCGGAAAAAAUAAACUUACAACGAAACAACAGUUUGAAAAACUAGUUGAGCUGAUGGAGAAGCAUCCCGAAACUGGACGAGGCAAGCCGCAAUUUGGAAGCAGCAAAAGUAAAAGCAAGGGAUUGUGGGAGCAAUUUGCCAUAGAGCUAAACAGUUUAGGACCACCAACAAGAACUGCGCACGAGUGGGGACGAGUUUGGAUACACUAUAAGGCAAAUUUAAAAAGGAAGCUUGCCAACAAUCGCAGCAAUAUUCUUGCAACUGGUGGUGGUCCGUCGCAAGAGGUUUCUUUAAAUCCACUAGAAGAAAGUGUUGCGGAACUUAUUCAGAUAAGGGAACAAGUUGCACCCAGUGGCCGGGCGUUCGGGGUAGAGAAUAUACCACCGGUGAUGGAUGGCGAAGAAAUAGAAGACGGCUUAGUUGCAGCUUCGUCAAUGGUUGAUGAGCCCCAGGUAGCAAACAUUGAAGAUCGGCCCUCUUCGUCAGCAUCGCGUGUACAAAAUCGCCGCAGAAGCUGCAAUUUAGAAACUGAGCGUCUAGAGCUCCUAAAAAUGCAGGCAGAAACGCAAAAAGAGGUACUAAAAAAAAUUGAUAGAAUUGAAAAGACGGCGUACAAAAAUUACGACAUUAAUAAAAAAUUGCUGCACAUAAAGCAACAAAAAUAUAAAUUGUUUGAAAGGCAGGCUAGGGAAGCCCAUGAACUACAUUUGUUGAAGGUAGAGGUUGAGCAAUUAAAAAUAGCUAAAUUAAGAGGCUAUUUGCAAGACGAGAACAGCUCGUGAAUGGAGAACUGAUGUUUAUUU